AGCUGCAGCUCGCUCAGCGCCGGAGGAUCAGGCUCUCCCGGGGAGCGAGAACCAGAUUGAGAUUGCGCGGGGUGGGCUGGGGAUGCCGGCAUGUAUGUUCGCCCUCCCGCCCUGCUGCAACUCGGACGCUCAUCUUAGAGAGUGAGCAAAGGAGGCGAAAGAGGAGGAAGCUCAGCUUUGGGCUUCGCGCUGGGAUUCCACUUCCUGGAGGGGCCCUCCCGGUGCACAGGUCUCCUGGGUUCCCUGCUUGACCGAGGGACAGAAGCCGCACCCGACCACAAUGAAGGACCGGCUGGAGCAGCUGAAAGCGAAGCAAGGCGAUGAUGAAGCCGAAGAUGAAUUGGAAAUUGCUAUUGACAACACUGCUUUCAUGGACGAAUUCUUUUCAGAGAUUGAAGAGACUCGGCAGAAUAUUGACAAAGUUUCAAAGAAUGUAGAAGAGGCAAAAAAGCUGUACAGCAUUAUCCUGUCUGCUCCUAUCCCUGAACCAAAGACAAAGGAUGAUCUGGAGCAGCUGACAGCAGAAAUCAAGAAAACGGCUAAUGCUGUUCGAAACAAGCUUAAAAGUAUGGAGCAGAAUAUUGAGCAGGAUGCGGCUCGAUCAUCAGCUGACUUGCGGAUACGGAAGUCUCAGCAUUCAGUUCUUUCCCGAAAAUUUGUGGAGGUGAUGACUAAAUACAACGAGGCACAGGUUGACUUCCGGGAACGGAGUAAAGGGAGGAUCCAACGGCAGCUUGAGAUCACUGGAAAAAAUACAACAGAUGAAGAAUUAGAGGAAAUGUUAGAGAGUGGGAAUCCAUCGAUAUUCACCUCUGGGAUCAUGGAUUCCCAGAUCUCGAAGCAAGCACUGAGUGAGAUUGAGGGACGACAUAAAGACAUUCUACGACUUGAGAAUAGCAUCAAGGAGCUUCAUGACAUGUUUGUGGACAUUGCCAUGCUGGUAGAAAAUCAGGGUGAAAUUGUAGAUAAUAUAGAACUCAACAUGAUGCACACCAUGGACCACAUAGAGAAAGCACGUGAGGAAACCAAGAAGGCUUUAAAAUAUAAGAGUAGGGCACGCAAGAAAACAAUAAUUAUCAUUGUGAUAAUAGUAGUCUUGCUGGGAAUUGUAGCUCUCAUUAUUGGACUUUCAGUGGGACUGAAAUAAAAGUAACCAACUGGGUUUCUGGCACUGAACCACAUUCCCAAGCUCCUUCUAAGUCAGUAGCAAGAUUUCCCUUCUUGAACCUCAAUGCCAUGGUUUGUGCUUUCCUUCCCUACCCUGCUUGGAUGAAGUAUGAAUGGUGCCCAGCAGGAUGAGUGCACUUGCACCCAUGUUUCCUGUGAGAGCCAGACUCUUCCAGUUCCAUAGCCUGAAGACCCUAAUGUACCUUCCUGCAACCAGAACAUCCAGAAAUCUCAUGGCAUUCCAGAGAGGAGUUCCUAUCUGAUCUACUCCUUAUCCACUCCUCCAUUCCUUCCUGAUUUACCUGCUUGCUUCAAUUCAAGGAUUUCUUCUGGAAUGAUCAACAACACAGUGGAAAUGAACCUUAGAGGAAUUUGGGGAGCCUUAUUGCCUACCUCACUGCUUUAAUUUAACUCUUUCAAAAACAUUGUACAGAUUAUUGGACUUGUCAGACAAUGCUAUUUUCAAAAAGUCCAUUUAGAACUAAGCCUUAAACUGCUACGUAACUCCUAAUCUUCACCCCAUUUUAUACUCCACAGGCUGGAGCAGGUUUUGUAUUUUUUACAGAAAACAUAAGAUGAUAGACCAGAGGGAGUCCUUCAAUCCACAUCAAGUGAGGGAAUGGUAGCUAUGAACAUGACAAAUGAGUCUGCAGUAAGUUAAGUUAUUGUUGGAAGACACAAUGGAUUUAGGCAAACAAGCAAAAUUGAGGCACUCCAGUUGGUGUUCAAUCUAUGUUUUAAAUCAGGCCAAUAUCUGUGUUUUACAUUAGAGAUGGACUAUUAGCACUCACACCCUUGAAGUCUGAGUUGCUUGUGUUUUAUUAACUACUCAGCUCAAAUGUUUUGCUAUAGCCAUGGAUAUUCUAUAUUUUGGGAACUUAGAACAGGCCAGAGUAAGACCUGUCUUCAAAUACUCAUUAGCAAAGACACUCCUUGGGAUAUGUGUUACUUCAUAUUGGACAGCUCCUUUCACUUGUGAAAAGCAAUUAUAUUUCUGAGGUGCUGUAUGUAGUGGUGCAUUCAAAGUGUUUUGAGUUGAAAUAAUCCAGUUUUGAGCAGUUGCUCUGAGUGCACUAAAAUUGUCUGACCUUGGAACCAAAAAAGGAAUAUGUCACCUUGAGAUAGGACCACUUCCAGUACACUUGAAACAGUCCAUUUUAACCUAACAUGUUUUGGAGAGCUCUAUUUGCAAAGUUUAAUUUCUUUCAAAUCAAAUACUGAAGGCACAAUUGUAUCUCAUCUCUUUUUCUAAUAUAGAAUUGUUUUUAUGGUCUAUCUCUUUGAGGACAUGAAUAUUAGGGAAAUUGGGGGCUGGGAGGGUUCUUUCUGUUUUAAUAUUUUAAAUUUUAUACUGAUGGUUUCUGGUUGAUAAAUGUUGCACCCAUUACUGAAGUUGCUGUUUGUUGUUACCUGAUCAAGAUUUGUAGGGCAGAAAAAGUGGUCUGGAGAAAAACAUUGUGUUUAGUUGAUGUGGCUUGGCAGCUGAGACCCAUUUCUUCUAACAUUUACAAAUUCUGUUUAUAGAAGAUAUUUUAUUGCUUGGUAAAAUCCUUCUAUUUUGUUAAAGAUGAAAGAGAAGCUUUCUCUUAUGAAUACAGUUAUAGCAUUGUUUUUCUGAUAGAAAUUCCCAACAUUUUUUUAACUUUUAUUUUUGUAUAUAAGAACAUUUUGCUCUGAUUAACAACUUGUAUGCCCUUUGGCCUAUCAACUACACCUAUUCCAUUCCUACAGUGGUAUAACUCAUGGAAAUGGAAAUAUUUGUGUAUUGCUUAAAAAUGUGUGAAUUUUUUUAGUUGACGGGGUACUUUUUUGUUUAUUUAGAGAAGCUAGUUAUAUCAUCAAAAGAGUGCCAGAUUUUUCCCUGGGGGAAAAGUUAACACAGUUGUUGCCUUCAAAAUCAGUAUAUUUGCUGUAUGGAAAUCUACCUCAGAGACUGAAUCAACCAAAUUCUCUGCUUACAUCUGAUCUUUGAUGUGGAGCUGUAAACUCAUUUGAUGGCAGAUUUUGGGGCUCUGGCAGUAGUAUUUUAUGCAGAUUUAGAGAUCAGCAGCAUAUUCAAAUUCUAUAGAGAUUAUUUACUUUCUAAUUAUAUGAGACAAAAUAGUCCUUUGAUUGGAAGAGAAAGUGAUUCCCAUUUUGUCUGGGGAGAGAUGACUACUACUAAUUCCUAGCAAAAUUUAUCAACUUUUCCACCAGUUCCACUGUUUAGAUUCUAGUUUGUCUAGCCAUGGAUAAACAAUUUAUAUAACACUUUCAAGAGUACAUAGACAGAGCUAAGAAAGUGUGGUGGGCUCACUUGGCUUUGAUGUCUGUAACUUGUAAAUGGGAGUGAAAGGACCAUUUAUGAACACUAUCUGUAAAGAUGAAAAACUGCACUUCAACAUAGUAAGCUGCCUAUGGACAGCGGAGAUUCUACAAAAUUGUUUUUGAUGAAACUUUUUAAAGAAAUGAUGAAGUUUAAGAAUAAAUGAAUUAUUGGAA